GGAUCACGUCUGAAGCAAUCCUGUCACAAUUUCAUCAGAUUGAACGAUUCGAUUCUGUCCGAACAAUGAUGUCAUUGUGUCCUACGGCUGCAGCAAUCACAUCGAUCACAGCGCAUAGUUGGCCAAAAUGGAGGCCGCGAAGAAGACACUGACAGAGCUCAUGGGGAACGCUGGGUAUGUUGACUCGCCCGAGUUGGCGCUGGAUGGAUGUGUUACUGGCAGCUUCCAUAAGAGACAACAUGCCCAGCGAAUUUCGGGCAUGGAGCGGCAGCGACAACGCAAACUGGGGGAUUGGCGGAAGAAGGAUAUGGAAAUUGGGCAGGACGUGUUUCAGAUCUUGAAGGCUUUUCCAUCGCUGGCGUCAAUAAAGUAUCAUAACUUUUUUGCACAAGCGCUCUAUCCACUUUGGUACUUUGUUCUUCUUGGGCACGGACUCGAGAAAGUAGAACCAGUCUACGAAAUGUAUUGCAAAGCCAUUGCUAUGCCUCUCGCCCAAUGCGAAUGGCGCGGUAAACGGCAUUGCUUACUGCUCCUGGAAGCUGCCUGCCGAUCGGCUUGGGUCAGCGAUGCUGUGAUUGCGUUUCUAGCCCAGAAAUUGCCAGUCGCAACCACUACGAGCUUCCGCAAUGGUCCCCUUCCAUUUACCUUGCGGGUGCUCGAUUCGCCCAAGUACCAUGGGAUACGACAUGCUUCUUGGACCGUGAUUGAUGCACUUUUGCCUCGCAACGCGUGGGGUCUUUGGUUGUUCAACAGUCUUUUGGAAGUUGGCUACAGUGCUGAAAUCCUUGACUGCGUCCUUGAUAAGAUCAUCCAACACGGCGACUGUCAGCCUCGAAGAAAAAGCAUCCAAGUGAGGUCCUUCCAAUGGCACACGGCGGAUUGUCGUAUUGACCAGGCCAAAGGACUUGUGCUUCAGCGACUCCUUGGACUUUCCAAACGGGUACUGGAGCUUCACUUGAGUCCUGCCAAGUGGACUUAUGGAGGACUCUGCGAGACACUGCAAGGUCUCUCGGAUUGCGCGUCCAUCGAGGUGGUCGGCUUGACCAUCAAGCCCGAAAUGAUGGUAGGCGAUGGAGCUGCCCGCGAUAGAGCGUUGCAUCUACUGGAGGAGCUUUUUGCCACCGACAAUUCUCUUCGUUCGCUUUCUCUUACCAUGGAAGGGCCAUUCCUGGAGGCUGUAAUGAAAGGCCUUGCAAGGUCCCACAAUUCUUCCAUUGGGAAGCUCACUCUCUUCAUGAUGGACAUUCCGAAUGUCGCAGUUAUGACACCUUUUCUGAAAUCAGUCCAUCGACGCUUUGAGCUUCUGCUUUGGUGCGCAGAGCUAGGCGGUCAGUGGAGCAUCGAUCACGAGCUGGACCAUCGGCUGUGCAUUGAUCUGCAAAGUUGCAAAAUGACUCCCGAGUGCAUGGUGGAUACACUAAACCUAAUGCCAGUGGCGAGUCGUCCAGGGAGCCUGGUUCUGGAACCAUUCGAAGAAGGAGGCUUGGUGGACAUUACAGAUUCUCUGUUGCGUGUGUUCCAGCUCGGGUUCAUCGAAAAACUCGUCGUCAAGGGUUCCUCCACAAAGUACAACGUUGACAUGUUUUUAGUGUUUCGGGCCUUGCGCCAGGAUACUACGUUGACCUCGUUGGAAAUGGAACAACCAUUGCAGGAGAGAAAACGAAAGUCCAAUAACGACAGUUUGGCGCCGCCAUCGAAACGAGCAAAGGUGAUAGUCCAAACAGCGAAAACAGAGGCAAUAGGGGCGAUCAAAGGUGAAAACGUAGGGGCAAGACACAGGCCACAACUUGAACCGGGGGAUUCAUGGACUGGUUAUGAAAACAGCGAUCUUCAGAGGUUCCUCUUGGAGCUCCUAAAGGUCAACUCAAAGCUAAGCUCGGUAAUAAUCUAUGACAACCAAGUUGACUACAGCGGAUUCUCAAAGAGACCCACCGACUUCCGGCCAAUGACCUUUCCCAGGCCUACGACUUUCCGCGAUGAGGCGCUGUCGGAUCGAAUGCUGUACUACAUGCGGCUGAAUAGGUGUGGCAGGGAAAGAGUUCGGAGGAUGGGCGCAAGUCAUGCCACGAUCGUGGAGGUCCUCUCGCGUGCACGGGAGAUGUGUUGUGACGACGAUGAUUUGGGCUAUCUCAGCACAAUCUUUGACCUUCUCCUUGAGUCGGCACCUAACCUAUGGAAAUGCAACUACACUUCUCUCAUUGGUUCUACCCCAAGCGAGACUGGUCGAAGGACGAUGGGUGCCUCUAUGGAGGAAGACAUCUCCCUUGCUGCGGUGUCUGCAGCACAAGUAUAAAUUAUCAAUACAAGUUUUUGUGUUAUGGGAACUAAACUGUGAUGACUAAGCAUACAGCGCUAGAAUGACAUCACACUCAAGUUACGUAGAACCCAACGGGGGUUUAGAGUAGGAGGAUUAUCUACGGAAGCCAGCGACAGUGCUUCCUCUUCUCCAAAGUAAACACGACUCAGUAGGUGUUUAUUUUCAUAGGUGGCAAUGGAAUCGGUUUAUACACUGACAGAGGAAGAAGCAUCCGACAAGUGCAGUUCGGAGGGCCCACUAGCCAUGGUCUCAUCCUCCUCUCCAACGUGAAUGCGAGCAAGAAAUCCUCCGUAGGUGUUUCCGGCAUGAGCACCAAAGGUAAACCCUGCCACAAGGCCUCCGUGCUUCAUCUUGUUCUUGCCACUGCUGUAAAUCUGCUCGUAGAAUUGGGUACCCAGACUGGCAGACACCAGAUUGCCAUACUUGCCAGACACAUCCAAGAGCUUGUCACCUGCAAGGAACUGCUUUAUCUUUUGCAUAACAUGAGAAUUGGGCUGAUGCAGCAAGAGGGCAUCCAAUUGUGAAAUUUUGAUGCCUUGAGAGCUCAACCACUCUCUCAUUUUGGGGACAAACUGCUUGGCAGCAUCCGUAUUCAAACGACCCGUGACUUGAAUGCAAGAAGUGUCUUUGUUGGCUUCCACAUAUGUCUGAAAGGUAAACAUGGAAGUGUCCGAAACAGAAUUCACUUUUAGUAGUUCAAAGCAGGUGUUGCUCUUGGUGGUCUCUAGGACUUCUGAUGGGUGGUGUGUCCCUUGCAAGACGAAGGCACUGGCACCAUCACCAAACAAGAGAAAGUUGAUCCAUUGAGUCAUUUCAUUGGCCUUGGUGGUCUCUUUCCAAUCUCUUCGAUGAAACACAUUGGAAGUAAUCACCAAGAUGUUCUUGAAAUCACCACAUGACAGCAUGGCCUUGGCCAUUUGAAAGGGAGGCACCACUCCAGCACAACCAGAGUCUUGGUGUUGCAGGAGGCAGUCAGGUCGUAGUCCAGACAAUGCAGUGGUGAAUCCUCUCAUGCAGUUGUUCAGGCCCAAGUCAUCUCUUCUUCCUUCCUUGGGCACCCUGUUGGAGCCAGAGACAUGUAUGAUGCAGUCAAUCUCACUGGCAGAGACACCAGCCUCAUCCAGAGCCAUCUUGGCAGCAGAAACACUCAUAUCAAACUCUGAGAUAUCCUUGCAAUCUUCAGUCAGCUGCUGAUCAAAGACUCUCUCAAAUUCUGACACAUCUGCAAUUGCAAUGCUGGUUGAUCCCAGAUAUCGCUUUGCCCAGUCCAAUGCUACUGGCUUUCCUGUCUUGGGGUUGUGAAUGCCAGCAUCCACCAACUUUUGCAUGAUGAUGUCAGUGUCAACCAGGGCUCCUUUUCCUUGGAGCUGGUCCACACCUGGCACUGCACGACCACAACCUGUAAUGAAUGCUCUUCUGGUAGAACUAUCUGUGUGUUCAAGCUGGUUGUGCUUGGACUUGACAACAGCUUUGCGUGAGUGGAAGAUAGUGUUAAUAAGAGAGAACUUCAUAUUGUGGGUUGCUUUUGUUCAGGUUUGUGUUUUGUGAGCAAGGAAUCAAACCAGAUUCAAUCCUCGCUGGCUGCAUCAGCCACAAGAUCUGCCAGCUAGAAGCUGUCUGGCUAUACCUACGGGUAGCUAGCCCAACGGCUACAAGAUCUGCGACGGACUGCUGCCCUCUUGUGUUACGGAAUGUGGUUAGUCAUGUCGGGAAGAUCCCACUCCACCUACCGGACUCUAAACCCCUUCAAAAAUCUAUUACUGUAAAACCCCUGUGAUAAUAUCUUCUUGGGUUCGCUCGAGUAGUUUUUACCAGGCCUCCUUUUAUUCCCACUAUAGGAUAUAGAGUAUACGCUUCCGCGACUCAAAGAAAAGAUGGAAACCCCAACCACCCACUCCAGCUUUGGAUUGACAGUACGUCGCAGGAAACCAGCGACAAUCUUCCCGCGGAUAUCCCCAGGUCUUGUUGUAUCAGGAACCGGAAUGAAAAGCUGCAUGGGUCUCUUAGGUCUUGGCUUGGGGUGUUAGCUCCUGCAAGACCUGGCUGGAGCCUAAAGCGGUAGCAUAUGCCGGUGGCGUGAAAAGUCUUGGCGCUGGUCGUUUCUGGCUUUUAUGCGUCGAUCUAUUUAGUCCGAGGCAGACUCACUCUAUCUUCCAA